UUUUUACAUUUUCUCCAGUACUAUAUCCAUAGUACUGUAUAAGGUUGCUAGUCACUGGUUCACGCCACUGGCAUCCCCAGUCAUUCCAUCUGUAAAUGGCUAUGAUACGUAACUUUUCAAUUGGGGAAAUGGAGGCAUAUGAGUGGUGUUGGCCACUCUCCUUGUGUACCACGAAAAGCACAGUCUUUAGUGUAUGUGUUUGUACUGCCCCAAGUGGACCAUCAGGCCUAUGGUAUCCACUUUAAUGUUAUGUGGUAAGGUUAAUGGAAGUUAUUUUAUUGAUGAAAACAAGAUUAACUCAAUUCUGAAGUGUGUAGCUCUCUAAAUCCCAUGAAAUGCAAUAACAAUAUUAUGCUGAUUUUAUCUGGUAUUGCACAGCAUCGUGAAGAUGUACACACACACACAAAAGUAGUAAGUGAAGGCUACAAGAAUAUAUUGAGACCAUGACUUGCUACUCAUACAUGAUAGGACACUGAGGCCUUACCUUUUCUAACUUUACUAAACCAAUCAACUUAUUUUUUGGAAAAAUUAAUCCAUUUGCAUCACAAUAUUUUUCCUAAUCAUCAGUGUGAGGUUUGUGUGGUAGCAUGUUACCUGGAUUAAAACGAGAACUGCUUCAUGCCAUAAAAUGGAUAUGCACCUAUACAGUAUGUUGAUAUUUUAUUGCAGGUAGUACAGUAUACCAUAUGCUGAGGUAAAUUGGUUUUAUAUAUGCAGGUCGUUGUACUUUGUCCUUCCUACAUCAUCAGAUUUGUCAGUCAGUCUGCACUUGGGUAACAAUGAUGUCAGAAAUUUUUCCAAAGAGUAUGUAGCCAACACCCUACAUAGAGCUGUAUGUAGUUUCUGAUCCUUCAUAUGAUAUUUCCACAUUAUAGUUUCUUUUGUCUUUUCAGCUUUAAGCAGCUGUUUGGCUGACUGGCUGUGGUUGGAGUACUGCACAAUGGCAAGGAACCUUGCCACUUUCUUUCAUGUGGAAGCUACAAAACAUCCUCAGAGCUUGGCACUUACUUACUGUCAAGAUGAAGUAAGUGAGAGGAGGAUCACUUACCGAGAGCUGGAGGGAGAAGCGAGUGAAGUGGCCAGGAUACUGUGUGAGGGUGACACUCAGGGGAAGCAGACUGAAAUGUUGAGUCUGACAUCACUGAAACAAAGAACUCAGAGUAAAGAGGUUUUUAACGGUAAGCAGUCAGUUGUGUGUGAAGGUUUGGUCUCGCAGGGUGUCGAGGACCAGACAACAGUUAUUGGUAUAUUGUGUUCCUCGGGACCUGAAGCAGUUGCUUGUAUACUUGGAAUAUUAGAAAAAAAUGCCUAUUUAUAUAUUGCACCAGAAUGUACAAAGAGAGAACUUACAUCAUUACUUCUUAGAGUUUGCCCUAGAAAAAUAUUGGUAGAAGAAAAGUACAUGAAGUAUUUUAAUGAAAUCUUUUCCGAUGUUGUGGGCAGCUUCGACAUUUUUGAGACACAUUUUAAGCUCGUGUCUCUUAACAGUGAGAAAGAAUCAGCAUUUAAAGGAAUGCAGGUAAUGAAGGAGCUGGCUUAUGUGAUCCCAACCUCAGGGUCAACCGGUGUACCGAAAUACGUGUACGUUCCUCAUCGUUGUAUAAUGCCGAAUGUUGUAGACUUGGUGGCCAUGUUUGGAGUAGGACCAGAGGACUGCAUCUUCUGCGCUGCUCCGCUGACGUUUGAUCCGAGUGUUGUGGAUCUGUUCAUGGCAUUCAAGGCAGGAGCAAAACUUCUCAUGGUGUCACCUCAGUUGUUGAAAAUUCCAAGUCUUUUAUUACCCAUCAUGGUAAGGAAUAAAAUGACCAUUCUCCAGGCUACACCAACACUCAUGUUAAGUUUUGGAAGAGAGAGAUUGCAGAAAAUCUUUGCCGACAAUUCUCAUCUUAAAGUCUUGGCUCUCGGGGGUGAGAUAUUUCCUAAAUUGUCUCUCAUAAAACAAUGGUUGAAAAAGACGUGUAAAGUAAGGAUUUUCAACCUUUAUGGUAUUACAGAAGUGUCGUGUUGGGCUUCAGCAGCAGAAGUCACGGUAGAGGAACCUUUAGCCAGUUCAAAACAGAUAACAACAGACAAUGUAAAAAUUCCAAGUUCCUCAGAUGAACAAUUAAAUACACUAGAAUGUAUGUGUACUGACAUGACCCCAGUUGGUAAGGCUCUGAGCUCUACUAUAAUAAAGGUGUUGAGUGAGAAAGGAGAGGAGGUUGGGGAGGGCAGGGAGGGAGAAAUUUACAUUGGAGGGAGUGAGAGAAUCUGUUGGGUGGAUGACGGCAGUGUAGUUUUUAAUGAUAAGGAAGACAGCGAUGUAAAAACUAGACAAAUCCAGUCAAUUUUGAGACCAACUGGUGAUCGAGGAAUAUUAAAAAAUGGUAAAAUUUAUUGUCUUGGUAGAUUAGACCGGCAGGUAAAGCGUAGUGGCCAGAAAGUAAGUCUUGCAGAGAUUGAGAGACUGUGUAAAAGCUACACUUAUGUUGAUGCUUGUCAUGUAGUAUUAGAUAACAAAGAUAAAAUUAUAGCUUUUGUUUUUUCACACUUACAAGAAAUAAGUGAAGAAGUUGUGUGGAAGGAUUUGAAAAGAAAUUUAUCUGAAUGGAAACUACCGGAUAAUGUCAUCGUGGUGAAGGAAGUCCCUUUUAAUAAACACGGCAAAGUUGAUAUAGACCAAUUACUCUCCACAAGACCCCAAUCAUCUACAGUAAAUUAUAAUAACUUUAACCAUCAAUCAUUAGAAAUAUUUUAUAAAGAUCUUUGGAAGAGAAUAGGCAAGUCUAAGAACAUAAACCCAAGGGAUAAUUUUAUUAAAUGUGGAGGAAAUUCACUAAAUGCUGUGCAGUUUACAGAGGAAUUAGGAAUUUUUCUUGGCUGUGAGAUACCAAACCUUCUGGAUGUGUUACUCAAUGGCACCUUUCUCGAGACUUACCAGUUAGUGAGGAAAUAUCAUCAUUCCAGGAAAAGUAUCGAUAAUAUUGACAACUCACAUUCAGAAACUCGAAAAAAGAUUAAAAGUGAAUAUUCAGACAGCCAGAGUAGCCAAGACAUACGCGUUAAGGACGAUAAAGAAAGUUAUAGAUUAUACAAUGAUAUUCCAACCUCUCAUAGCCAAGGGAUCACUCAGAAGUAUUAUUCCUUAGACAAAGAGGAUCGUGUACCUCGAUAUAACUCCACCAGUCUGACUGUUGUGUCGAGAAGAGGCGUAAAUAACAGAGGAACGUCACCACCAAAAUACACUACAGUUCCCUACAGCGUAAACCUGGAGUGGAAAUAUAACCUCGGCAAAUGCAUCGACUCGACUCCGGUUGUGGUUGAAUAUAACAGUGCCGAGGCUUUUGUCUGCGUCGGCUCACACUCACACAAGUUUGCGUGUAUUGACGUAAUAACUGGAACUGAGCGCUGGUGUGUCGUGCUUGGUGGCAGAAUAGAAUCAUCGCCGUCCAUAUCAAGAGACGGUGGAUACGUGUAUGUCGGCUGCUACGACGGAUGUUUGUACUGCACUUGUGUCGAGGAUGGAUGUAUCGCCUGGAAGUUUGAAACAGGAGGAGAGGUGAAGAGCUCCCCUGUUGUUGACGAGGAGACUGGUUGCGUGAUCUUCGGUUCUCACGACAAAAGAUUAUACUGUUUAACUGCUGACGGGGAAUUAGAAUGGUCUGUAAAGGUCUCAGAUGGCAGCAUAUUCUCCUCACCGUGCAUUAGCGGGGAUAGUGUUUAUGUGGCUACUCUUGAUGGCAUAAUUAGCGGAGUGAAUAAAACGACAGGAAGUAUUAACUGGAGAUUAUCCGUCAACAAACCUGUAUUUAGUUCUCUCGCUUUAUAUUCCAAAGGUAUAAUUUUCGGAAAUGUAAUCGGGGAAAUAUUUAGUUAUUCCUCGUCAGGCUUGAGACUCUGGAAAUUUGAGACUAAAGGCAAUGUAUUUUCAUCACCAUUUGUCUUGCAGUUAGAUAAUGGGGUGGAAGUAGUCGGUGUCGGCUGUCAUGAUCACAGUGUAUAUUUCCUCAAUGCAGUCGGUGAGAAAAUUGCACAGUACAGUGGGUCAUCCCCCAUAUAUGCAACCCCAUUCUUAUUCUCACUCGAUGACCAAAAGGCAUUCAGGGCGGUAAUAUGUGAAACGUCUGGGAAAUUCAGUAUAAUUCAUAUAAAUCUCCAUGGUGCCGUAGAUACAGACACACCGGUCUCCUCCGUCACAACAGUCUCGGAGGCACACGUAGAGACUGUUUUGGAAAGUAAGGUUAAUGGUGAGCUGUUUGCAUCUCCUAUACUGUUCAGGAAUCGUUUAUAUAUUGGCUGUAGAGAUGAUUUUAUUUAUAGUUUUAAUUUAUUGUCAUAGCAGUCAGAAGAAGUGUGCCUUAUGGUUUAUACUGUUCACCCAUCUCUUGUCUGGUUAACGGUUGGUCUCUUUCAUCCAGCUUUUACACUUUCCCUCUUCUUUACCUUCUUCAAUACUUUAUCACUUAUGUCACUUAUACAAGAAAGUCUUCAAGAAUUAUUCAGUUCAUUAAGUUUAUAAAUUUUAUAUGAUCUGUAAUAAAUAUUGCUCUUAUCUUAAUAAAAAUUUAAGAAGGAU